GCGGCUGCUCCCUGCUGACUGGGGUGUGGGCGGGGAGCGGCGGAGGCAGGAGGAGGUGCUGCUGGCCGCCGCGGUUGCCUCCGCUGCUGGGCGCCUGGGCAGCUCCCGAGGGUUCUGCGGCCGCCAUGGACGAGCAGGCGGGUCCCGGCGUCUUCUUCAGCAACAACCACCCGGGCGCCGGCGGUGCCAAGGGUCUCGGGCCUCUGGCGGAGGCUGCCGCGGCCGGCGACGGAGCGGCUGCAGCGGGGGCGGCGCGAGCCCAGUACAGCCUCCCUGGGAUCCUGCACUUCCUGCAGCAUGAGUGGGCCCGCUUCGAGGUUGAGAGAGCCCAGUGGGAGGUGGAGCGGGCGGAGCUGCAGGCCCAGAUUGCUUUCCUUCAGGGGGAAAGAAAGGGUCAAGAAAUUUUGAAGAAGGAUCUUGUGAGGAGGAUCAAAAUGCUGGAGUAUGCUCUUAAACAGGAAAGAGCCAAAUACCACAAGUUGAAAUAUGGGACAGAAUUGAAUCAGGGAGAUAUGAAGCCUCCAAGCUAUGAUUCUGAUGAAGGUAAUGAAACAGAGGUACAGCCACAGCAAAACAGCCAGUUAAUGUGGAAACAAGGUCGACAACUACUCAGACAGUAUCUACAGGAGGUGGGUUACACAGAUACCAUUCUAGAUGUGAAAUCUAAACGAGUGCGAGCUUUGUUGGGCUUUUCAAGUGAUGUCACUGACAGGGAAGAUGACAAAAAUCAGGAUUCAGUUAUAAAUGGCACAGAGGCCGAAGUUAAAGAGACGGCAAUGAUUGGAAAAUCCGAGUUAACAGAUUCUGCCUCCGUGCUGGAUAAUUUCAAAUUCCUUGAAAGUGCAGCUGCAGAUUUCAGUGAUGAAGAUGAAGAUGAUGACAUUGAUGGAAGAGAGAAAAGCAUCAUUGAUACUUCAACAAUUGUUAGGAAAAAAGCAUUACCUGAUAGCAGUGAAGAUCGAGAUACAAAAGAAGCUCUAAAGGAAUUUGACUUCUUGGUUACAUCAGAGGAAGGAGACAAUGAGUCUAGAAGUGCAGGCGAUGGAACAGAAUGGGAAAAGGAAGACCAGUGUCUCAUGCCUGAAGCCUGGAAUGUGGACCAGGGAGUAAUUACCAAACUCAAGGAACAAUACAAAAAGGAGAGAAAGGGGAAAAAGGGGGUGAAGAGAAAAACUACCGAAGAUCUGUUUCAGCCUCUAUCCUAUAUAAAACAGUCAAAACAGGGAUGUGGGAGAAUGAAGAAUCAAAGCUCAGGGCCCAAUAGGUCAAAACUACAAGAUAUGCUUGCUAAUUUGAGAGAUGUUGAUGAACUUCCCUCAUUGCAGCCAUCUGUGGGUUCACCUUCCAGGCCCACCAGCUCCAGGCUUCCUGAACACGAAAUAAAUAGGGCAGAUGAAGUGGAAGCACUGACCUUUCCUCCUUCUUCUGGGAAGUCCUUUAUCAUGGGAGCAGAUGAAGCCCUUGAAAGUGAACUGGGACUUGGAGAAUUGGCAGGCCUUACGGUGGCCAAUGAAGCAGAUUCACUAACUUAUGAUAUAGCAAACAAUAAAGAUGCACUGAGGAAGACAUGGAACCCUAAGUUUACAUUACGAAGUCACUUUGAUGGCAUUCGAGCCCUUGCUUUCCACCCCAUUGAGCCUGUUUUGAUAACAGCAUCAGAGGAUCACACACUGAAAAUGUGGAAUUUGCAGAAAACAGCCCCAGCCAAAAAGAGUACUUCUCUUGAUGUGGAGCCUAUCUAUACAUUCAGGGCUCAUAAAGGUCCAGUGCUUUGUGUGGUAAUGAGCAGCAGUGGUGAGCAGUGUUACAGUGGUGGUGCUGACGGACUGAUCCAGGGCUGGAAUACCACCAACCCCAACAUCGAUCCCUAUGACUCCUAUGAUCCUUCUGUGUUAAGAGGCCCUCUCCUCGGCCACACCGAUGCCGUCUGGGGCUUGGCUUACAGUGCAGCCCAUCAGCGCUUGUUGUCGUGCUCAGCAGACGGCACUCUCCGUUUAUGGAAUACAACUGAGGUUGCUCCAGCCCUAAGUGUAUUUAACGAUAAUCAAGAAUUAGGAAUCCCUGCCUCUGUGGAUCUAGUGAGCAGUGACCCAAGCCAUAUGGUAGCAUCAUUCAGCAAAGGAUAUACAAGCAUCUUUAACAUGGAAACGCAACAGCGCAUUCUCACUUUAGAAUCCAACCUAGAUUCAACCAACUCUUCUUGCCAAAUAAAUAGAGUCAUCAGCCAUCCCACUCUUCCCAUCAGCAUCACUGCUCAUGAAGACAGGCACAUCAAAUUCUAUGAUAACAAUACAGGCAAACUCAUCCACUCCAUGGUAGCCCACCUAGAAGCUGUUACAAGUCUAGCAGUUGAUCCUAAUGGCUUGUACUUGAUGUCUGGGAGUCAUGACUGUUCAAUACGUUUAUGGAACCUAGAAAGUAAAACGUGUAUCCAAGAGUUUACAGCUCAUCGGAAAAAGUUUGAAGAAUCCAUUCAUGAUGUAGCUUUCCACCCAUCCAAAUGCUAUAUAGCCAGUGCUGGGGCUGAUGCACUGGCUAAAGUCUUUGUAUGACACAAUGCAUCAUCUUCACCUUCUAGCUCUUUAUAAAUAAUCAACUGCACAAAAGAGAUACAGAAGACCAGGGCAAGAAUCAGCCUAUCCUGCCCUUUUGUUCUGCUGAAGGAGCACAGAGAACAUUUGUUAAAGUAUAGUUUUGCAAUUCGUAUACUGUUUUCUAAAACUAAGGUUUGUUCAGGUUGCUGCAAGCUCAGCUGAAUCUGUGAGCCUGAAAACUGUUUCAAAUUUUCCCCCAAAUAGGAGCUUUUAUUUCUGAGGUUGUUCUAAUUCGCUAGGCAGGCCUGAGCGAACGUAAGUUUGGCUUGUCCCUGUUGAGUAAAUAGGGCAUGCUAUAAGGGAUAAUUAAAAAGCUUGAUGACUGGGAAUGAGUAGAAGAAGAACAGAAAUUUAGACCUAGUUCUCCCCUGAGAAAUCUUGUUAAAUACAUUAGGUAGUCAAAACAGUAAUCUUGACCAUAUCUACUGUACUAACCCCUAUGUGCAUAAUGACCAGGCAGUGUUCAAAUGAGUUUUUAAUUUAGCUCUCCUUUCAUCUGUGCACAUAAAGCACCUGGCAAAGCGUUUUACCUAUUAAGGGGGAAAAAAAAGGAAAUGCAAUAAUAUGUUAAAUAUAUUAUUAUUCAGAAAUACUAAACAAAUAUUUAGUUUGUAAGCAGAUUUCUAUAUUGUAUUACAUUUUUGAAAAUAGAUUUGGUACCAUUGUAAAGUUUAGCUGUCAAAAAGAGUCACCAUUAUGAAUAGUUGAUAGAGUCUGCUUUUACUAAAGGAUUUAACUUAUUCAGGUUUGAGAUUCUGUUUAUUUUUAAGGGCAAGCAGGGCAUAUCUUUAUAAUAAUUUCUGUUAAUUUUAAAAAUUCACUUUAUUCAUGUGAUAUUUAUAGUAUCAGAGUGGUUAUCUCAUAUUAAUGAAAUCUUACCUUUCAGUGGUUUGAAAAGACGGAAGUUAUCUGUGAGUACUCAUUUGUCAUAACCCACAUACCAUGCUUCAGAUGACCUCUUGCUCUUUCUUUGUCUCUCACAUUCAAAUUAUCUGACAUCUACCAAAACAGUUUGUAAUUAUUAUGUUUUAACAGCCCAAAGGGCUUGGUUAAUGUCAGAUACCUCCUUUUGCAGUAAAGCCAACUAUUUUGUACCCCAGAAGUCCUCCAUUAAUAUAUCCAAGAAUGGGAGCCCCCCUGGAAAUCUGGAUGGAAGAGUUCAGUGCAUAACCUUGGCUAAAGAGUUCUUUUUCUCUUUCCCUGCCCCUACCCCUCCUCCAUUCUUUAAUUGGAAUACAUAGCAUGUUUUAAUAGACAGUGUAUCGAUAUCGUUUCUGGGGAAAACUGUCAUAAAGGACCAGGCUUCCCUGAGCUCACCUAGCCUGUGACCCACAUGUGGCCAGCUCUUGGUAUUCCCCAUGACCCCACUCUUUGGACCUAAUGUAUAGUACCUCAUCCCUACAACUGUCUCACCUGUCUUCACACUCUCUUGUUUGCCCCAAAUGUCAGAGACCAAUUAGAAAUUAAAAAUAAAUUACUAAUGCCCAACGUUUCAGCAAAAUGUAUGUAUGAUAGUUCUCAGAUUUUAAAAAUACAUAUCCACAAAUAUUUUAAUCUUUUAAUAAAAUUACUACAUUCCUCUCCCCACAUAAUCCAUUGUCAUAACAAUGACACCUCUGAUGAUAUGUAUAUCUACUCCUUGAAAACGUAUUCUGGCGGUGAUAUGGAUAGUAAUUGACAAUAUUUCUUUAAAAUUUCUGUUUUCUGCCUCUCAGAGUUUUGAAGUAUACAGGCAGAUUUUCUUUAAAGAUGUGUGCUAGGUUUGCCUGAUUGAUAUACAGAUAUGCUUUAGUAUUUUGACUCAGCUACCUUUUCAUUUCAUCUGUGCUUUGGUUAACAGUGGGCUCAGGGGACUCCUUUGUAUAAUCAAAUGAAUUGACCUGGACUUGAGCUACCAGGUGAACAUUUAUAUUAUUCCCAUGCAGAUAUAGAAUUACACAUUUUGUUUGGUGCAUUCCUCUUUUGGUUCUUCAAUGAGUGAAAAAAUGGUGUUGCUGACCUAACAUUUAUAGAGGGAUACUGGAAAAUUCCAGUCAGGUGCCCUUACUUGGCAUAUUUAUGACAGAUUAAGCUAUUGUUCUACCAGUUACUGCUUUAAUUACCUCUCAAGGUCUUCAGUGCCUGCUUUACUUAUGCCACUGAAAAUUCUCAAAACCAAGACAUUCUCUUCCCCUGCAUUUUAUACCUCAUGGUUGAAAUUUUUCUGUUAGUGAGUGGAAAAUGACCAUGAGAAAGGUAGACUGUAGUGCAAAUGUUGGAACUGUUGAAAGUUCUUUAGCAAGCCAGUGCGUGCCAUUGGAAACUGUACACAGAAACAGAGAUUUUUCUCCACUAGCACUGUGUGAUCUCAGCCCAGAAAUGAGCCAAAGCUGUCUUCCAACCAGAUAGAAGCAUAGACAUGCGUCUGAUUCCCCCCCCCAGCCUACAGAAAAUUUAAUGAACAUCCACAAUAUGAACAAAUUCAAGAUUCAAACAGUCAUUGAAAUGCUUUCAUAGUGCUUGGUUUGUAAAUAUUUUGGAUGAAAUAUAUUGGGAUAGUAUGAAAAUCAGCAGGAGAUGUGGGUCCCCUGCCCUAUUUUCAUAUGCUGUGGAUACAUCUCUGGGAGCUUGCAGCACCCUUCUCAAAACCCAGAUGUCAUAUGGAGCUCAUUUGCUACUCGAACCCUAGACAGAUAUUUAACAUAAGUGAUAUAAUGACCUUCAGUAUUUUUCUAUUGAACAAGUUUAGCAAUUUUUGCCAUUAAACAGAUAAUUAGUUAUGCAAAGUAUUUAGCUUUUAUAAUCAUUUUAGUUAUGACUAAAAGGGGGGAAAUUAUGCUGCAUCACUGAUAAUGAACUUUGUGAAAAAUUUUUUGUUUAUCUUUCAUUCCUUCAGUAUUCUUGCUAUAAAUUUCUUUUGGAGAUAAUGAUAAAGAUUUAUUUGAAAAUGUCUAAAAUGUAUGUAUAUUUUAUAAAUAUAUAUUAUAUAUAUUGUAAGAAUAUAUAUAAUAUAUAUAGACUAUAUAUAUAUACAUAUAUAUGUAUGUGUGUGUGUGUGUGUGUGUGUAUAUAUAUAUAUAUAUAUAAACCAUAGGUGCAUUUUACUGUUUUGUAUUUUUGUUUUUAGAAGUAGUAUACACCGCAGUUAAUGAUGAGUAUGAUGAGUGUUGUGCUGUUUGCUUCUGCAGUAUAAUAUAUAGUUCUAAAUGUUCAAAUUACUGUAUAUAUUAUAUUCAUUAUAGGCUAGCAUGCUUGUUUUAAAGACUGUCAUUCUAGUUUAUUAAAAUCUGAAUGUAAGAAAACCUGGCUAUUCAAAUGUGAAUUGAAAAAUAUUCCAUUCUCAGUACUGAACUAUUUCCAUUGAACAUUCAGGAUUUUUAACAAAACAGAUAUCAUCAAGAAGGCAAUAGCUAGAGAAUGAGAGGUGCCUUUAAAAUAAAAUACAAAUGCAGCCUUACAGUGAGGAUGAGGAUUGAGUUGGGGGGGUGGGGGGUGGGGGCUGUGAGAGAGAGAGAGAGAGAGAGAGAGUGUGUGUGUGUGUGUUUGCUUGCCAAUCUGUGACGGUCCUGAUUUGUGACCAUCAAUGUCUUCAAUGUAUCUGCUCAACUUCUAGGAUUUCAGGGGACAUUUCAUGCGUUGUCUUUGUGCUCUUCUGAGCACCACAUGUAUUUCCAAGGAUUUUGAAUGUGAAUUCCUAGAAAUUUCAAUAGAGAGGAAAAAUAACUAUUCUUUCACUAUAGUCAAGUUCAGGUAAAAGGAGAAAUUAUUGGUUCACCAAAAUGAUGGGCUCUCUUAAAUGUUGGCUAAGUAAAUUAAUUUUUUUUAAAUGUGAUUUUUAAAGGCCCUCUUUUUUAGGACUUCAUAUAUUUCCCUCCUACACAAGAGCAUGUCAUGAAAUUCUUAUGUGAUGAAGAUUCAACUAGUAAAAAUUAUUUUUAAACACCUGAACUAGUUAAAAUACCACCUAAGAAUAGUGUUUAAAUGACAUCUUUCAUAUCUACCUCUUUGUCAUUGCUGCCAUUUUAACUAAAGCAAAUCUUUGACAUCUGAAAAUGAUGAUUGGAUGCAAUUUAAAAAUCGAUGUUGGUGCUUUUCUCAGGCUUUGUCAUUUAAGUUAUAUUGAACUAAAAUGUCACAAAUCAGAUUGAAAGACUUAAGAGUUUUGGUUUUCCUUUGAAAGAACUUAAAAUUUAUCAUCAAGGUUGAUAGUGAGUGGAUAUAGUUAAUCUCUGGUUAGUAUAUGUCUGUGAUAUUUUCAACCAAGAGCCAAACUGUUACUGAAUUUACAUGGAAAAAGAGCUCUAAGUACAGUUUUUUUCAGCUUACUUUAUUCUUUGACUAUUUCAAGGCUAUUAAGUACAUAAUCAUUACUUUUAUUUACUUAGAAGUUGCCUUUGUUACUAUGUUAUUUGUGUAGUUAUUUAUAUAAUUGUAGUACUUUGUGUUUGACACUGGGAUUCAGGUUGUACAAAAGUAGUAGCUGAAAAAAAUUAUAUGUCUAUUUUUGUGAAAUGUAUCAUUUCCAGAAGUUUCUUUUAAGGGAAGGUCCAGAAAACAUGUCCAUCUUUAAAAACAAAGGCCAGGCCAUUGGUAAAUGAUUUUAAUCAUUUUUACUUUCAGCACUGAAAGUUUUUUAAUUGGCCAUAUCCAUCAUCCAGCUGGACCUCCAUGUCAGUGUCAGGGACACCAGAUUGACAAAGUAUUUACCGGAUUGCAUCAAUUUUGUUUUUGCUUUUGUUCCAUAUUUGUUUUUGUUCUUAAUCUUAAAAAAAAAAACCAACAAAAAACCCCCCACAAAUUUAGGCCAAACAGAGAUCCCUAGAUUCCACUUGUUUAUUCUAGCAGUAUUCCUAAAGUGGUACUUAGGGGUCAGAAUUUUCUGCAUCUUUGCUAGUCAAGCUUAGAUUUUAUUUAACUGGGACCACAUGUGCUUGUCAUCCCUCUGAUGCAAAUUAGAAAGUUCAUUUUAAUUUAGAUUAACUUUAAUGUCUGCCUGGAUUUUUAACAGGCUGUGAACCAGUGAGUGCCUUGUUAAAGUAGAAUGAUUUUUCCCUGGUUGUUAGCUCCUUUCUGAUAAUGUCUCAGAGAAUGGUAUUUUAGUUGACUGGUACAGAUCUGCUAAAUUCGGUAUUAUCAGCAGUCAGAAAGCCUUCAGUCUACCACAUACCUCCCGCCCUACUUUCUUCUCAUUGUUUGGCUGAAGUUUGCCUCUUGUGAGAAACAAAUACAACCCCCCUCUCCACAAACUUUUUUUCAAUCCAAAUUAAGAGAUAUCCCCCACACCCAUUCCAACUAUAUGAUCUAAUAUGUUUUUAGGAGGAACCACUUCUUUGUAAUCCUGAAAUCUACUGGUUACUUUAUGUCUUCUCAACUUCAGUUUACUAGAGCUGACUUCAGGGCAUCAUCAGUUCAGUUUCCUAAGUAACUCCUUUUCUCCACACACCCAAUUCCCCACCCCCCAACUGGUGAGCCCUGGACCAGAUUGUUUGAUCUUCAGGUAUUUUUAAAUUCAGUUAUAUCAAUUAAUGUAAAUUAAUCCAAAUGCUAAUUUUUGUGGUGCAAGAAGUUUCUUUUGUAAAUUCAGGGUAUGGAUAAGCUAAUUAAGAUAUCUUUUUUGGUGGCUCUAAGUGUAUUAUUUGUUUUUAAAUAAAGUGUACAAAUAUAGAUAAUGUGCUAUAGGUGUCUCAUGAAUUGAAAUAUUUUGGAAUCUAGUGGAUUUGCAGUUAAAAUAAUACAUCUUGAUUUUGUGUUUUUGGUGGGGGGGUGGGUAGGAGAGGCAUGCAGAGAAAUAAAAGGGGUGUAAGACAAAGUAGAUGUGAGUCCAAAGUAAUGGAACAGUCUUAAUUAUUGAUUGUGAGAAAGGUAGAGAAAUUUAUCAUUAUAGAGUUUGAACCUUUGGAAAGCCAGUAAAAUUAAAUAAAAUACUCCAUAAGAUUGGGUCAGUGAUACUUUCAGGGACACAUGCGUAUAUUUUCAAGUGUUCAGUUACAUAUUUUUUAAAAAUUAAAAUGUGUUUCUAUUUUUUGUUUGGCUAUUUAACAAACAUAAGCCUUCCCCUUCCCCUUGCUUUUUCAAAUCAACAUUAUUUCUCAAAGGCUUUCUCUGCCCACAAUUCACAAUCUCUUUGUUCCAAUCUGAAGCCAUAAUGUUAUGUGGAAUCUAAGAGUGUCCUUGAAACUAUCUGCUGUUCUUUGAUGUUCUGUAUGCUUCUGUAGUAGUGAGUGUUAUAUCCUUUGUCAUGGACACAUUUUUCAGUAGUGUCAGAAAUAUCCCUUUGUCCCUUUUAAUGAGAACUGAGACAUUUGCUGGAGUUAUUUUAGAGUAAUCCGGUUCAGAAGGUCAGGAGGAUGCUAAAUGUUUUUACAUGGAUUGACGGACACUCUGGGGUACUCCAGAGUGGUAUUCUGACCUGCAUUGGAUUUCCCAAGACCAUUCCAGAGCUGUUCUGGCACCUAGGGUAGUCACCAGGAACACUUAGGAAUCUAGCAGCACUAUUUAACGCAAUCACUGUAACCAUGAAGCGUCCCUCCACUUGUUACUUCUUAGUUACACCUGUUGCUUACAGUGAUCAGGACACUCCAGUUUUAUGGGUAAGCACUGACCUGCAGGUCUGAAAAUUGAAAUCCAUAUUUUCUGGAACACAAUUUUUAGUAUAUUUUAUAUACUUUCAAAACCAAACAAUUCAAAACCCACCAUACAGAAAAUGAUUCACUUUGUUUCACUUAGCUCCUACAACUCUAAGCCCUUCCUUAAUCCUGUUUAGACUAAAGGUAAUGGUGGCCUCAGUCAGACUUGAAGGAUCUAUUUGAGUCAACAAAAUCUGCAAUAUCCUGCUACCAAGAAGGGCCUGUUUUGUAGAAAAUUUUCUUGUCCUUGAUGAUUUAGCCAUUCACCUUACAUUGAAGGCUGGUCCAGAUGCUAACUCCACAUUGAUUUUUCCUGUGUUCCUCUUUAAGAGAGAGAUAAUUAAUCCAGUAAUGUAAAGGAGAACCCACAGUAAAACAUCUGUUAAAUACACUUGGAGUACUAGAAUUAGUAUUCUUAAUUCAUGUGCCAAAAUUUUCUGUGCUCUCUUAAGAUCCAGUAUAUAUACCAGCUUCCCAAUCUCCAACCUCAAACCAAAGGUAUUUUUGAAUUACCUCAUAUAAUAACACCAUCAAAUUAAGGGUAAUGGUAAGGGAAACCCAUCAUUCACAAAUGAAAUUUCCCAACCUGAAAAACUUCCUUUAAUUAAAAAAAUUUAAAAAAAAACUGCAUGGAAAGCAAAGAAGAUGUUUUAAGGAUUUAUUUGAGAGAGAGAGUGGGGGAGGGGCAGAGGGAAAGAAUCUCAAGCAGACUCCCUGCUGAGCACGGAGGACUUGGGGCUUGAUCUCCCGGCCCUGAGAUCAUGACCUGAGCCAAAAUCAAGUCAGACACUUAACCGACUAAGCCACUCAGGCACCCCAGAAAGCAAAAUUUUAUGUUAAGUAGGAGUUGUAAAAACAAGCAACUUGUGACUUAGAUGUGCUGAAAUGUUAAAGGAUACUGAUAUCUGGCUACUUCCUGAUGGAAGUGGGACCAAGGCAGUAAUUUUUCAUAAAUAAACAAGAUUAACUUACGUUAGAGCAAAAGAAAUCUCAUCAGAAAGUUUACUUUGGGUUCUGGCUAAUUUGGGUGAGAGUGUGGGGAAAAAAGCACCAUACCAAGAAGGAAAAGCCGCCAGAUACCUCUGCAAUCUGGACCCACCACCACCCAUUGUCCUUCUUCCUCUUUAAAUGGCCUGGAACAAUGACCUCUGAGAUCUUUUGACCUACAAAAGUGAAUGGUUCCAAUUCUGGCUUGUCAUUGGUCCUUGUUACCUAAAUUAAAGAUCUGUACAUCAAAAGUUAUUCUAGAGCCCCCUGGUAAAGUAUCAGACAACAUAGUUUUUAUGAUAUUUUAGGAAGCCGUAUUAACAUAGGCACAGGUAUGUUAUACCAUUUGCAUAUGUCAGAAUGAAGACCAGACAUGUAAGAAUGUUCUCAUGUGGCCAAGUGAUAAUCUCACGAAAAGACUGGAGAAUUAUUUUUAUAGAAUGAAUUCUGUUUUGAAUGAUUUUGACUAUGCUUUUAAAAGCACUUAAAAAUAUAUUUGCGGGGGCGCCUGGGUGGCUCAGUCGUUAAGCGUCUGCCUUCGGCUCAGGUCAUGAUCCCAUGGUCCUGGGAUCAAGCCCCACAUCGGGCUCCCUGCUUAGCGGGAAUCCUGCUUCUCCCUCUCCCAUUUGCCGUGCUUGUGUUCCCUCUCUUACUAUGUCUCUCUCUGUCGAAUAAAUAAAAUCUUUAAAAUAUAUAUAUAUAUAUUUGCAUAUUUUUCUACAGACUUUUGAGCCCAUGUAUUUCUGAAUAUCCUGUUGGAAUAACUUCAUUCAUUGUGUAUUUUAGAAAAAAAAUUCGUUGGUCUCACAUCUCUUGACAGUCAUUUAUGAGUAACACUCCUGAUACAGUACUCAACUGCUAUGUAGACAAGUGGUAAAUGUCUCCAUAUUUUGACUGCCUGGAAAAGCACUAUGUUUGUACAUAGUUUGCAGGUCAACAUGGAGACUUACGUAUUUCAUACAUGUUAAAAUUAACAUGUAUAGCAUGUAAAAAAUGUUAAUUAGCAAUGUCCCCUCAGAGCUAUCAGCGUUAAGGUUAGAUUCUGCCGGUUGCCAUUCACGAGUUUUGAAUCAGCUAAAAUACCACUUAAUUCAUUUAAAUGGAAACUUUGUUUUUCAGUGAAAUAGUACCUGUUCAGUUUCCUUGUAGAUCUCAGGGUCAGAAGAAAGGCUUUCUACCAGCUCUAAAAUAUUCAGGCUUUCUUUUACUCAUUCUGGUCAGCUUUUUAAACAAGCAAGACAAUAAGCUCCUAUUUCUCAUAUUCUACAAUACGUGGAAUACACGUCUAAUGAUUGCAAUUAAAAAAAAAUAAACCUGGCAAGCAGAUUGUUUUUUCUCCUUAUAGGAACAUCAUUGCUUUCUGGAGGCAGAAAUGAUUUUACUUUUGAAAUCGAAGGUUAGAGAUCCAUGCAGUUUUGUGUCCUUGAUGUACGCAAGUUACAUACAGCUUGCCUCUGCAGAUAAACACAAAUUUUGUGUGAUUUUUAAAAAUUAUUUUGGAAGUGCAAAGACUAGCAAGGAAGAUGUGAUAAGUUUAUUUUAUAUAUUUCAAAAUCUUGUGGAUUUUUUUGUGGUAUGGGCAGCAGGUAGUGAUGAGCCUUACUAUGAACGCCUUAUACCAUCCUCAACUCAGACUGUAAGUAUCACUCACUGUUACCUAACGAACUAAAAGCAGUUAAUGAUUAUUUGUUUGCUUCAGUGUCUGUAAGCUCCUCACUUGUUUUUCUUAUAGUCCCCUUAGCACCUCUCCUGGUGCCUUACCAUACAAAAAGUACUCAGUAACUAUUUGUUGGGUGAGUAAUCAGCACAUUUUCAAAACUCUGAAUCUAUCCAGAUCUUCAAAGACAAAGAAAAAAGAGUCCUCUCCGCCAGUCCCUAGCCAAUCGCGAAUGUAUUUCGAUCUGUGAAGCUGAUCCCAAGAGGGAGGUCUGCACCCUAACUAGGGGGGAAUUUGGACCUCACCUGGAAGGUGGCAACAGAAUGCCAAAGGCACCCUCCCGCUGCUGCACACUUCCAGUCCUGCCUUGCACUGGAAUUGAGCAAAGCAUGUGGGGGAAGAUGAGGCAUGUCUGAACCCUGCUAUGGGGCCCCUUCUUUCCCUCACCUCCGCAGCACCACCCCGCUGACCUCUGCUCCCCGCUGGGGCCACUGCUGCAGUCUGGAACCUCGACCUGCCAGGACUGUCUCGGGCCCAGGCCAGGUCCACCACUCUUGUCUUGUGACCCUCAGAUGGUCCUGCUGUUCCUAACUGGCUGGGUUUUUUUUUUUUCCCAAAGAAGUAGGAAGUUCCAGCAGAAGAUUGUCAAGAAAGGCAUUCAUCUGGGGAGCUUGCCUUGAAUUGGGAGAAUCUAGGACAAAUCCCUCAGGAUGUUUUCAGGGCUGCUUUUUGUCCAGAUCAUUUGAUAGUAAUUAUCUAAAUGUUUAUUAACUCGCCCCGGGAGAGCUUGUGUUGUCCGGGUUCACUGCUACCGCUGUACCAGGGUCCAGGUGGCGUGCGGCCUUGAGCUGCAGAGCUUAACUGCUUCAGGAGUCAAAGAGUCAAGUUUAGAGACAGACAAUUUAUAUAUAACAAUCAAAUGACUUAUUAAUAGAAUCAUCAACAGAGUAGUGAAUUGUGUGAGUGUGAAAUAUUAAAUCUCAAUGUUAAACCCUUGUAUUAUGUAAGAACUAUUAUCUCUUCUAAUUAUUAAAAUAUUCUUUUAAGAUCAGUACAGCACAAAGGAAGGAACAGGAUUUUGGCCUGGACACAGGACAUUUAUUGUCAGUGAAACUGUAGUCAAGCUAACUCUUGUGAGUUGAUUUCUCAUCUGUGAAAAGGAGAUGAUAAAUCUACCUGAUAGAUUGAUUUGAGAUAAUAGAUACAAAACACCUGAUAAAAUGUUGGGCAGUAAUAAACAUCCAACAAAUAAUUAUUACUCCCUGCAUUCAUACUUCUUGUCACGUAAUUCUCUCACACUCCUGAUAACUUCUAGAAUAUCAGGUAUUUAGGAGAAACAAGGUUAAAAUGAACAUCAAGAGUAGCCCUAAAGAAGAAGUUAUACAUAAAAUAUUACUUUCCUCAAUAUUUGAGUGACUGCUAUGUGCCAGGCCAUUCUAGGCGCUGGCGUUCAUCAGCAAACAGACAAAAUCGUUUACCUGAUGUGGCUUACAUUCCAGUUGGGGAAAACAACAAAUAAUACAGGUAAGAAAUACAGAAUAUUAGUGGUAAGUGCUAAGGAUAAAUAAAGGGAAAGGAGAUGUUUCUCAGACGUAAAAAGUAAUACAAUUUAAAUUAAUACGAUUAAUUAAAAGAGCAACACAAGGGGGGCCUGGCUGGCUCAGUUGGAAGAGCAUGCUACUCUUGAUCUUGGGGUCGUAAGUUUGAGACUUAUGUUGGCUCUAGAGAUUACCUAAAUAAAUAAGAACUUGAAAAAAAGAGCAACAGAAAAGAGCAAUAAGUAAUGAAGACCAUAAUAGCAGAACUCAUCACAUCCCACCAUACCAUUUCACUCCCACCCCCCGUGUAGUAAUAGCGUUAUAUAUGUCUCUAUUCUUGUUCAUACAAGUAUGUGUACACAAAUACUGCGUGGAGUUUUGUCUUACUCUACAUGUUCUCUGCAACUUGCUUUUAAAAUUUAAUGUAUAUUUUGAGCAACUUACAAGCCUAUACAUACAUAGAUUUCUUUUAAAUUCCUUAAUAUACACACAUAAAUAAAAAGAUUUUUUGGUGGGUCUGUUUGCUUUAAAUAAAUGAGAUAAUACAUGUCCUCUGCAUCUUUUCUCACCCAACAAUAUGUGAUAGAAAUUCCUUCAAGUCUAUCUUAUAGCUGCUAUUUCAUUCUUUUUAAUGAUGAAUACUCUGAUGAUGUCUUAAACUUCUUCCAUAAUCAGUGGGCAUUUACUACCAGAUUUUCACUAUUUUGGUAAUUGUACCUGUGCACAUAUUCAUGACCAUGAUGGUUUCACUCCUACGGAAUAGAGUCCCUGCAGUAGGAUUGCUGGGUUGAGAGAUAUGUAGAUUUAACAUUUUUUACUAAGUAUUAACAGAUUGUUUCCCAAAAAGGCUGGAACAAUUUAUAUUUUCAUCAGUAAAUGUACAGUAUAAAAAUGCCCUUUUUAUACCCAGAAGCAAUAGCUUUUGUAGCAUUAAAAAAAAAAAAAUGAGAAGAAAAAAGACUCUUGGUAUGUACAGUGAUUUCUCCAUAUUAUUUUUUUUUUCAUUUUCCUGAUUACUGUAAAUCUGCAUAACUUUUCAUAUGUUCUUUGGUUAUUUGGAUUUCACUCAUAAUUAAAUUACCUUUGGUAUUCGUUUUCUUUUGCUGUAUAACAAAUUACCACAAAUUUAGCAGCUUAAAACAAUACCCGUUUAUUAUUUCAUAGUUAUGUGGGUUAGAACUUGAAGUGGCCUUGACUGUGCCCUCUGUUUAGUGUCCGAUAAAGUGUGUGCCAGGUUGGGCUCUUAACUAAAGGAUCUGGGGGAAGAAUUCACUUCCAGGCUCAUUCAUGUUGUUGGCAGAAUUUCAAACCUUACAAUUGUAGGACAGUUGUAGGAUGGAGGUCUCUUGUUUCCUUGCUGGCUGUUAGCCAGAAGUUCUUCUCAGCUUUGAGAGGUUACUCUCCAGUCCUUGUAUGUAACGCUACCCCCCACCCCUGCCAUCUUCAAAGUUAGCAAGGAUUCAUCAGAUCCUUCUCAUACUUGACUGUGUUUUCUCUUCUGCUAUCAGCCAGAGAAAACUCUCUUGCUUUUCAAAGGGCUCGUGUGCCUAGAGUAGGCCCACCCAGAUCAUUUCUGUAUGUUAAGGACUAUUGGUUAGUAACCUUAAAUAACUUCCACAAACUCCCUUUGCUUGGUAAAUGUAGCGUUAUCAUGAGAGUAAACACCAGGAGCAAAGAUCACGGGGGCCAUCUUAGAAUUCUGUCUACCACAAAUAUUCAUAUUUUUAUUUAUAGCUUUACGUUUAUAUCUUUCUGUUGUGUUUGCCUUUUUAUUUUUUUAUUUAACUAGUUCAUAGAAGGUUUUUGUAUAUUACACAUAUAUAUUAAGCCUUUCUACUCUUGGUUGCAAACAGUUUUCCCAACUCUUGUAAGUUGUCUAUUGACCACUAAUAGUAUUAAGUACUUUUCCCAUAGAAAACUUAGCCAUUUGGAUUUUGCUCAUAAGGUGAAUUGCAUUAUUUGUAUCUUUUUAUUCACAUUGUAAGUUUUUAGUUAUUUUAUUUUUCACUCCAUUUUUAUUAAUAUUUUGCCCAUAUGUGCACUUUUUAAAAAAAAUUGUAAGUGCUCUUUCUACAUUAUAUGCAAACACUUCAUCAUAUUAUUUCAAAUUUUCUCCAAACUGUAAUUUGUUUACCAUAUUUAUAAUACCUUUUCCCAUUCAAAAUUUUAUAUUAGUAUAUACUCAAGUAUAUUAUUUUAUAAAAUAUGGACAUUUAUAAAUAUAUAAAAAUUUCAAAGUAUUCUGUAUUAAGGCCUUCACCCCUGGGUGGCAUGUGUAGUCUCCUAGAAUGGCUUAUGCAUUUUAUUCUUGGUUUUUAUUGUUAGUGUUUUUUUCACAUUUGUCUUUACUCUUUACAUUUGGAAUUUGUUUUUGUAUAGAAUGCAAGCUAUGGAUCCAACUGUACUUUCUUCUGAGUGGGUUGCCAAUUGUUCCAACACUUCUUAUCAAAUUAUCUUUUUCCAAUGAAACAAAAUACCAACUUUGUCAUAUAUUAAUUUUUCAUAUAUAAUGAGAUUUCUCAAUAUACUCUGCUUAUAGUACUCUAUAUAUGGCAAUAUCAUGCAUUUAAUUACAGUGACUCUGUUUGCAUACAAGGGCUUUAUAAAAUGGUCAGGCAGAGCUUUGUGUCACCCCACACUCCUGAACUACUGUUCUUUUUACUACUUUUCUUGGUUAUUAUCAAGCAUUUGAAGUUUGUGAUUAUUUUAUCCAAUUAGCGGUUGAAACUGCAUUAAAUGUAAAGAUUAAUUUUGGGAAAAUUGACAUGAUAUUGUCUUCUAAGAACUAACAAAAUUGUAUCAUUUUCUGUUUGCUCAGAUCCUGUCUAUAUCAUUAGUAAGAUUGAGAUUUGAGACUUAAGUCCUGUGUCUUUUUUUUUUUUUUUUUUUUUUUUUACUAAAUGUAGUCUUGUUCCUUAGUCUUUUGGUCAUUAUUGAGAAUGGAUUUUUUUCCAUUUCCAUUUCUAAAGGCUUAUUAUAAAUAAAAAGCUUUUGUGUGUGUAUGCUUACCUUGAAUACAACACGUUUAUUAUAUAUACUUACUAAAUUUUCUCAUUAAUUCCUGAAGUUCUCACUACAGUCUCUUGGGAUUUUUAGAAAUCUAAUGAUGACAGUCACAAAUGUAAUGACACUCAAACUCACAUAAUCACAAAAAUAACUUUUUUCCCAGUGUUUGAAAAAUUCUUUUCUUCUCUAGAAUCUUUAUUGUCUAGAAGCUCCAUUAUAGUGUUAAGUGAUAAUGGUGAUAGCAGGCAUCUCUGUGUGCUAUUGAUUUUAAUUGAAAUAGUUUGCGUAUUUAGCUAUUUUGAGUAUUUGUGUUGCUAUUUGGUAAAUAAUCUUCUUUAAAUAAAUUCUUUCCUGUUUUACCAAGAGAUUUUACUAGAAAUAGCUGCUGAAUUUUGUCAAAUGCCUUUUCAGCUUCUUUUGAUGUGUUUGGGUGUUACUGUCCUUUAAUCUGGUGACUAGCUAGAUUGUUUGUGGAGCUGCUGACGUUAAGCCAUUCUUGUCUCCUUGGAAUAAAACCUACUUGGUCAUAAUGUGUUAUUCUGUCUUUUAUAAAUCAGUUUUCCAGUUGCUAAUAUUUUAUUUAGAACUUCAGCAUGCAUAUUCCUAAGUGAGAUUGGUCUAUGGGUUUCUUCAGUGGACUUU